AUUGCCUGCGCGUUCUGAAGUUGAAUUCAAGGGUUACUUCCUGGUUUUGACAUUCUGGAGUGCGUUCGUCAAGCAAUGCAAUGUUCCCUUUUGACAUUUUUUCGGCGACAACAUGGAUUUUAGUAGCUCUAUUUUUCGCGUUGCUUCUACUGUAUGGUGUGUGGCCCUAUGGACACUUCAAAAAGUUAGGAAUACCAGGACCGAGGCCACUUCCCUUUGUCGGCACAAUGUUAUUUUUCAGAAAGGGCUUCAUUGCUGCUGAUCGGGAGUGUCACAUUAAGUAUGGAGAUGUGUGGGGGUUGUUUGACGGCAGAACUCCGGUGUUGUUGGUGACGGAUCCCGAGAUCAUCAAAGCGGUGAUGGUGAAGGAUUGCUACACUGUGUUCACCAACCGCAGGGACACACUUGCGUUUGGAGCAUUGGCUGACGCCAUCACAGCUGUGAAAGAUGAAAGAUGGAAAAGGAUACGCAGCUCGGUGUCACCAUGCUUCACGAGCGGAAGGCUGAAGCAGGUGUUCCCCCUGGUCACUCGAUCGACGGAACGACUGGUGGAGAGUCUGGCCACAAAGGACCUGAACCAACCCGUGGACAUCAAACAAUUCUUUGGGCCAUACAGUUUGGACGUGGUGACCAGCGCGUCCUUUAGCGUUGACACCGACUCCAUCAACCGUCCGGAUGACCCCCUCGUUGCUCACCUCAAGAAGAUUAUGAACUUCAGAUUGUGGCCGAUAAUGUUACUGCUGCUUUUCCCUGCUAUGGCUAAGCUGUGCAAGUUGUUAAAGGUGGACUUGAUGCCCAAAGCCAGCACCGAUUUUUUCUUCAACAUCAUAAAGAAAUUUAAAGACCAGCAUCACACAGAGCAGUCGAGUCACGCAGACUUCCUACAGGUGCUGACCCAGCACGAAAUACCAGAGUCGGAUAUAAAGAGUGAACACGAGCAGCCGAGUAAAGGGUUGACAGAAAAGGAGAUCCUCUCGCAAGCUUUCAUUUUCAUCUUUGGGGGUUUUGAGACCACCGCCACCACUCUAACGUACAUCCUGUACAACAUCGUCACCCACCCGGAGGCCAUGAGGACCCUGCAAGAGGAGAUUGACGCCAACGUUCCCAAAGAUGGUUCCAUUUCAUACGAGACACUGCAAGGUAUGGAGUACCUGGACAACGUGGUCAACGAGUCACUGCGCAUCAUUCCGCCGGCGCCUCGGCUCGAGCGCAUGUGCAAAAAGACCAUCGAGCUUGGCGGUCUCACCAUCCCAGAGGGGACCCUGGUCACCGUUCCCGUGACGGUGGUCCACAAGGACCCCCGCUAUUGGAAGGACCCAAAUACCUUCCGACCAGAGAGGUUCAGCAAAGACAGCGGUGAAGAGGUGCACCCCUACGCCUACAUGCCCUUUGGCCUGGGCCCUCGCAACUGCGUGGGGAUGCGUUACGCUCUGCUCACCGUAAAAAUGGUCCUGGUCCGCCUGCUGCAAUGCUACAACGUGGAGACAUGCAAAGACACCAUGAUUCCUCUGGAGUUUAACUGGAAGUUUCAGCCAGUCAAGCCAAUCAAAUUAAAGUUUGUGCCCAGAGAGUAGGCCGGAAAUGGGAAGGAAUGUAAAAGCUACCCAGAUAUAUGCUACAGUACAUAUACCAGCCAAUGGAGGGCGCUGACAGCUACAAAACUGCAUAUGUGUAUUUUGCUUAAUUUUUGCAUUUCAUUUAUCCAGUUGAUGGACAUAAAGUUGACGUAAAGAUUAUGUACCAUCCAUUAUCCAAACACUUACUCUCAC